UUUGGUGCUUUAGCUGAACGGAACCCGAAAAACAACAACAGCGUGAUCCGAGCUGAACAACAGCGCCGAGCUGCCUUAUUUCUUUUUCUUUUCUUUCUUUUUUUUUUUUUAUUUAAAUGUGCACAGCGAUCACUUCCGAAGCGCGAUGGCUGUCUGAGGGUUCGGGUUCGGAUGAUACGGUUGAGUUUUGUUGCUGUUUUUCCACGCAGUUUGGUUGGGAUUAAAGUGUCCGAGCUCUCCCUAUGUUCCAGCGUCUUCCAGCGGCGGUGGCGGCAGCGGCAUCAGCGGUGCCAUGAAUAGUGGACUCCCGGUCUCGGCUGCUCCGCUCGGCGGUGUCGGAAUACCGGGCGUCAAGGUGAAAUUCUGCCGCUAUUACGCGAAAGACAAGACUUGCUUUUAUGGCGAGGAUUGCCAGUUCUUGCACGAGGAUCCGUCCGCGGCUGGUGCUGUGCACGGUGGAGGAGGAGCAGUAGCACCGCCAGCAGCAGUAGCAGCAGGAGGAGGCGGAGGAGGAGGCAGCGGCAGCCCGGUGACUUUAGCCCUCGCCGGCGGGGCAGUGAGCACAGCGGCGGGGGCUGUAGCAGGGUAUCCGCUUGCUGCGAACGCUGUAGCGACGUGUCCGAGCGGAGCUCCGGCCGUUGUCGCCAAAAAGAGUGAUGCUCUCGGGCCUGCAGGAGCGCCUCUGGACGGCCAGUUGUUGAGCAUCGCUGGGAUGGACGGUGGGGCGCUCAGUGAUGCGAAUCUGACCAACUCCUAUUUCAGCAGCAGCUUUAUUGGAGUCAAUGGGUUUGGAAGCCCAGCAGAAUCCAAAUACUCAAUGAUGCAGAGGAUGACCAGCAGCAGCAGCUCCCCGAGUCUCCUUAAUGAUGGUGCCAAGAAUUUCAGCCACAGCACUCAUGAUCCUGUAAGUUCCCCCACUUCCUCCCUGUUUAGCGACUUUGGUGCUUUGAGUAUAACGCAGAGGAGAAAGGCUCCUAACCCCGCUGCCACAGAGUUCAUCCCUAAAGGAGCACCACGCAUGUCCACGAUGUCUCAGGUGGCCGUACCGACAUUUCCCUCACCGCUGUUCCCUCAUCCUGGUCUGAGCAGCUCAGCCGCAGCAGGACUCGCUCCAGGUAUGUCUUUGUCUGCUGGGUCGUCUCCUCUCCACUCGCCCAAAAUCACUCCCCACACCUCACCUGCCCCCCGGCGCCGUAGCCAUACCCCUAACCCAGCCAAUUACAUGGUGCCCACCACGGCGUCGGAGCAAGGAGGCGCUGCCCACAUCAUCCAAAAGGAGACUGUAGGCGGAACCACGUACUUUUACACUGACAACACGCCUGCUCCCAUGGCUGGAAUGGUAUUUCCAACGUACCAUAUCUACCCACAAACAGCACCUCAUGUGGCGUACAUGCAGCCCAAAGCCAACGCUCCAUCCUUCUUUAUGGCUGACGAGCUCAGACAGGAGUUAAUUAACAGGCAUUUGAUAACGAUGGCCCAGAUUGAUCAGUCUGAGAACCCAGGAGUCCCGACUGAGGUGGACAGCUACCAUAGCCUUUUCCCCCUGGAGCCUCUUCUGCCCCCCAACCGCCUCCAGAAAACCAGCAACUUCAGUUACAUCACUUCCUGUUACAAAGCAGUCAACAGCAAAGAUGACCUGCCUUACUGCCUCAGGAGGAUACAUGGCUUCAGGCUGGUGAACACCAAGUGCAUGAUGCUGGUUGACAUGUGGAAGAAGAUCCAGCACUCCAAUGCUGUCACUCUCCGAGAAGUCUUUACCACCAAGGCUUUUGGAGAUCACUCAUUGGUGUUCUCUUACGACUUCCAUGCUGGGGCUGAGACCAUGUAUAGCAGGCACUUCAACGACCCAACUGCUGACUCUUUUUUCACCAAGAGGAAGUGGGGUCCGCAUGAGCCUCCGCCUCCUCGGCAACAUGCCGGUCUGCUGCCCGAGUCUCUGAUCUGGGCAUACAUCGUGCAGCUGAGCUCGGCCCUGCGUACCAUCCACACUGCUGGCCUGGCAUGCAGAGUCAUGGACCCCAGCAAGAUCCUCAUCACUGGAAAGACUCGGUUACGGGUUAACUGUGUAGGAGUGUUUGAUGUCUUAACAUUUGACAAUAGUCAGACCAACCAUUUGGCCCUCAUGCCCCAGUACCAGCAAGCAGAUCUGAUCUCUCUGGGGAAGGUGGUGUUGGCACUGGCCUGCAACUCUCUGGCUGGCAUUCAGAGAGAGAACCUCCAGAAAGCCAUGGAGCUCGUGUCCAUCAACUACUCAUCCGACCUCAAGAACCUCAUCCUGUACCUGCUUACGGAGCAGAGUCGCCUGCGCAGCGUCAAUGACGUCAUGCCCAUGAUCGGAGCCAGGUUUUACACUCAGCUGGACGCUUCACAGAUGAGGAAUGAUGUCAUUGAGGAGGAUCUGGCCAAGGAAGUGCAGAACGGCCGCUUGUUCCGCCUUCUGGCCAAACUGGGAACCAUCAAUGAGAGACCAGAAUUCCAGAAGGAUCCGACGUGGUCGGAGACAGGGGAUCGCUACCUGCUGAAACUCUUCAGAGAUCACCUGUUCCACCAGGUGACUGAAGCAGGCACGCCCUGGGUCGACCUGAGCCACAUUGUGUCUUGUCUUAAUAAACUGGAUGCCGGAGUGCCCGAGAAGAUCAGCCUGGUGUCUCGGGAUGAGAAGAGCGUGCUGGUGGUGACCUAUUCGGACCUAAAGCGCUGCUUUGACAACACCUUCCAGGAACUGCUGGCUGCUGCCAACGGCUCGCUGUAGCGCCCCUCGCAGGCAUGGGGUGGGACUGCCUGAAUCGGAGCACAUUGCACUACAGUGAACGAAGAUGGGCGCAGCUCAAAUGAUCUUAACGGCCAGAACAGAGCCAGCUGGUUGCUCACCUCCAGUCAGAUACACUGUCCUAAAAGGAAGUUGUACUUUUUUUUUUCCCCCUUCCCUAAAGUGUAUUUUUCUUUUUUUUUUUUUUUUCUCCUUAGUUUUCCUAAACUCACAGCUGCUGAAUUCUGAACACAUUGAUGGCUGUGAUUUGAAAUUUUUUAGACUUGGGGAACAGCAACGUUAUUGUCGAUAAACAGUGGACAAUUUCCUGCUUUUAUUUUUCUUGGGUUUUUAUUUUUUUCCAUUGGAGGAUGCACUAAGAAUUUUUAAGUUUUUCCUUUUAAAAAAGUAAUGUGGGUUUUGUCCACAGGGUGACACAAGAAAAGGAUCUCUUUAGGCACUGCGAGUCGGGGCAGACCACUUGCCACAUGUGCAGAACCCAGACCACUUUUUUCCUCCACUGUUAUUUAGAUAGGACAAACCAUUGUGCUCCUAAGAGUGGGGAGGGGUGGCCAAAUCGCCAAGAAGACUGACCACUGUUUGAACGUAAGGCACGUGGUGUGAUAUGAUGAUCCCUUUGUCCCCCCCCCCCCCCCCCCCCCCUUUUCACCAGCCGACAUGACUUUAAAAGUCACGUCAUUGCAAAGAGAAGGUUGCUGCAUUACUGCCUGGGUUCUCGCUCUGUCUGUAUAACUUUGGUGGCACUGACAAAGGGGUGCUUUCUCCUGUUCUGUUGCUGUGUAAGACUUUAUUAGACUUAUGCAACCUCCAUUUAUUUUCAUUUUCAUGGAUACUUUUUGCAAUGUGAUUAUGAAUCAAUUGUGUGAAUGAAUUUUUUUCUUUUUUUAUUUUGUUUCAUUUGUUGUGUCUUUCAAUCAGGCUUUUUUUAGGUCUGGAAAGGAACCAAAGAACUGGACCACAUUUUUAGGAAGGGAACCAGUUCUGCCUCUGUGGAAUGUCCUCCCUCUGUCCCCUUUUUGUCAAGCAACCAUUUAGAUUACGCUCACAUUUUCACACCUAGUUCCUUAUAAGCCAUCAUGGUCUCCAGGCUGGUUGUCGUAUGUGAUGGUGGGUGGGGGUUUUUUUUGGGGGGGGGGUUCAUUCCCACACCCAGCUCUUGUGCAGAGAUGCAUGAUGGGACGUUUGAACUCUCACUCUGACCAGUCCCUCUAAAACUUCUGGGAAGGAUGAUGGAAAGGGUAAGGCCAGUUUGAGGGUUGUUUUGUAUUUAUUAUUAUUAUUAUUAUUAUUUUUUUUUUUUAUGCAAUUCUGACCUGAAGAUCCCUUGAUGGUGACAUACUGGAAAAAUUGAGCAUCCGUCAACAAAACGGCAGGUAACAGACAGGGGUGCUGGGGGUGGGAUUGGAGUGAAGGUUAUUUGGGAGUGGGGUUUGUUUUAAGAGGUGGUUGUUUUUGCACUUGAUCGGUUUUGGCAUUCUCUCAGGACGACUCGACCCGAAUUAAUUAAGCCAAUGAUUGAAUGUGUUUUGACCUGUCAUUGGUGACCAUUUCCAAUCAUGAGUCGAGCUACAAUGGAAAAGGUGCGAUGUGAGCAGGUCUGGCUGAGCCACACUGAACAUGGACGGCUUGGGGUAGAGCAUGUUGUGAUGAACUGAUGUGAGGAUGCUGUGUUUCGAAUUGUACUUUUGUUAUUCAUGAUGGCCAAAACAGCAGUGAAUUUGGUGCCAAGCCUCUUUUUGUUUUUUGUUUUGUUUUGUGUUUGUUUUCUUCUUGCCAUCUUUCUUUUCCUCUCCCCAAAAAUUUACACUUGAGUCCUUCCAGUGUAUCCAGCCAACACACAGCUAAUUCUCAUAUCAUAUGAAUAUCAUGACCCAGUACCCCAAGAAUCACACUCCAGUAAAAAUGUGCUAACCCUUACACACACACACACACACCUUAGUACUUUUAAUGCCCUACUUGUUUCAUUGUCUCACGUUUUGCAAUAUUUGUGUGUACAACAGUAUUUUAAUAAAGAAUACAAAACUACAAA